AUGUCUGCACACGUCAAUGGUGAGAAGAAGACGAGUUUUGAGUUUCCGUUCCAGCUGCGUCGCAGUGCGGACGAGACAGUGGGGCUACACUACAGACCAAUCUGCUGCACCGAUAAUUCCUUCGGCGGUUUUGAGGUGACGGAUGUCCUCUACAGCGCUCAGCGUCAGAACGAGGUGCUGUGCAGAUAUGGCGUUUCGGAGAUACAGGACCAAAUCCUGAAAAAGGGAGACAUCAUCCUGGCGAUCAAUGGCAAGAAGACCCAGUCGGCUAUGACUGACGAGUUGCAAGCAUCACUCGAGCUCUACAUGAGGGUCUGGAGGGACACGAUGGAGGACAAGGAUGACCCUACACCUCUGAUGUAUGUUAUCUCAGAGUACGCCGGAUCGGCGGUGGAAAAAGAGGGUGGCUACCUGACAGUAACCAAGAGGAUGCAGAUCCGAGUUCAACGAGACACCCGCGCCCCACCAGAGGAGACCAAUGCCCAUCGCUGCGACUACAUCUGGGGCUGGCUUCUGGACAAAAAAGUGCACGAGGGCGGCUGGCUGCCCGUGGAUGUUCUGGCUGCUGGGUAG